GUGUGGUCUGACCCCAGCCCAUGGGGAAGGACACAGACAUAGGGAUGGCGUUGACGAUAUUAAAAACUCCCUGGUCUGCUUUGUUUGGUGUGCACUUGAGAUCUUAAUUGACAUGAGUGGCACCCUUUUGCAAAAGUAAAUUGCCUUGCUGAGGAAACUAAAUUUAUGUUUGAGUGCUGUUUCUUUUGUGGCAUCGGAAAUUCAUUUAUAACAAUUUUGGUGGCCCGUACAGGGAGCCCAUUCUCCUCUGGGGAGGGAUCUCCAGUACUUUCCCGUGUGGAGGCACGCCCCCUCACCUUGUUGUGGUAGCCUCAAGGUGAGGAAUCGAGAUCCACCCAGUUUGAUGAAUAAAUCCAGACUCUCAGCAAUGCAGGAAAGGAACAAACCGGCAGCUUGGGAAAAGGGGGCUCACAUACCACAGCGACCAGGUAAACUCGGUACACCGACCAAGGCAUCACGUCCAGUGGGGGGCUUGUCCUGCAAGGGACAGGGACCGGGAGCCGGCACGUUCCACAGCGCACCGCACGCAACCUCAGCCCACCUGGGCUCUCCCAGCCGCCUGCCUCUUCCAGGCUGCGUGGCUGGGGCGUCAUCUCGUGCUCCCAACUGCCCUGUAACCACCAACUGCCAUUAUUCCGGCUGGGACCCAGGACUUCAAGCCAUGUGGUGCCUCUUGUUUCUGCUCAGCGGGCUCGGAGGGCUGCGGAUGGACAGUAAUUUUGAUAGUUUAUCUGUGCAAAUUACAGUUCCAGAGAAAAUACGGUCAAUAAUAAAGGAAGGAAUUGAAUCGCAGGCAUCCUACAAAAUUGUAAUAGAAGGGAAACCAUAUACUGUGAAUUUAACGCAAAAAAACUUUUUACCCCAUAAUUUUAGAGUUUACAGUUAUAGUGGCACAGGAAUUAUGAAACCACUUGACCAAGAUUUUCAGAAUUUCUGCCACUACCAAGGGUAUAUUGAAGGUUAUCCAAAAUCUGUGGUGAUGGUUAGCACAUGUACUGGACUCAGGGGCUUACUACAGUUUGAAAAUGUUAGUUAUGGAAUAGAACCCCUGGAGUCUUCAGUUGGCUUUGAACAUGUAAUUUACCAAGUAAAACAUAAGAAAGCAGAUGUUUCCUUAUAUAAUGAGAAGGAUAUUGAAUCAAGAGAUCUGUCCUUUAAAUUACAAAGCGUAGAGCCACAGCAAGAUUUUGCAAAGUAUAUAGAAAUGCAUGUUAUAGUUGAAAAACAAUUGUAUAAUCAUAUGGGGUCUGAUACAACUGUUGUCGCUCAAAAAAUUUUCCAGUUGAUUGGAUUGACAAAUGCUAUUUUUGUUUCAUUUAAUAUUACAAUUAUUCUGUCAUCAUUGGAGCUUUGGAUAGAUGAAAAUAAAAUUGCAACCACUGGAGGUGCUAAUGAGUUAUUACACACAUUUUUAAGAUGGAAAAGAUCUUAUCUUGUUUUACGUCCUCAUGAUGUGGCAUUUUUACUUGUUUACAGAGAAAAGUCAAAUUAUGUUGGUGCAACCUUUCAAGGGAAGAUGUGUGAUGCAAAUUAUGCAGGAGGUGUUGUCCUGGUAUGGUAUGGUUAUGUAUAGAAAGUAUGCUACAUAAAUUAGUAUACAGUUACACAUUUUCAUAUUUAAUUUUUAUGU